AUGAGGAAUAAUAACAUUAUUGUGGUUCUUAACACUAGGAUGAAUGGUUACAAAUGGGCGGUUUUGAAUAUGUAUUCUUCCUGUGAGUAUAAUUACAUGUCUUUGUUUUGGGAAGACAUGAAAGAGAUUAGGCACUGGUGGAGUGGUCCUGUUUGCUUUGCAGGUGAUAUGAAUUCCAUUAGGUCACAGGAGGAGAGGAACAGGGGUGAAGCUGAUAGAAGGAAUGCUGAUUUUUUGAACAACUUUAUAUAUGAUCAGGAAUUGGUGGAUUUGCCAUUGUUAGAUAGAAUUCUACUUAGUGUGGAUUUAGAUUUAAAGUUUCAUGAGUCUGUUCAAAUUGCAUUGGCUAGGGUUAUUUCUGAUCACAAACCAAUAAUGUGGAUUACAAAACCUAAUAUCAGCUGCAAACCUUACUAUAAAUUUGAAAACUCUUGGAUUUUGCACAAAGACUUUAUAAAGAAGGUGGAAGAGUGGUGGCAAGUGAUGAAUCUUCAAGGUGGUGCCAAUUUUGUUUUCUUCAAGAAACUGAAUAAUCUGAAGUUUUUCUUAAUGAGAUGGGGAAGGGAGGAAUUUGGUGGUAUUAAAAAGGAGACGGUUGAACUUACAGAGAAGACCGACAGUUUAGAUUUGUUGGAGGAAGGUGCUUCUCUGAAUCAGGAACAAUUUGCUGAAAUGACUAGGUGUUGUCUGCAAUUGAAGAACAUAGAAGCUAUGAAAUCUAGGAAAUGGUUUACAAGGGCGAAACAGAAUGAUUUCAAGUUUGGAGACUCAAAUACUGGUUAUUUUCAUAGCAUUGCUAAUUCUAGGAGGAAGAGAAAUACUAUCGUUAAGCUGGAAAUAGAUGGGCAGGAAUGUUUUGAUCAAGGUAGAAUCAAGAUUGGGAUGAAGAACUUUUAUGCUGAUUUAUUUUCUGAAAAGAAUGAUGUGGCUUUCUCUCUUGAUAAUAUGAAUUUUACAAGAAUAAAUGAGGCUGAGAAGGAGGGAAUGGAAAAGGAGUUUACAGAGGAUGAGGUUUUUGAUGUUAUUAAGAAAAUGGGGGCAAACAAGUCUUCAGGCACUGAUGGCUUUUCAAUGGAGUUCUGUAAAAGUUGUUGGCAUAUCAUUGGAAAUGAAUUCAUGAAGAUGAUGGAGGAAUUUUAUAGAUUUGAAUCUUGGGAUUGA